CCUCCGCGGCUGCUCGCGGGCCGGCCAUGCUGCGGACGCGCUGGGCGGGUGUGGGCCCCCAGCUCCUGCGGGCCGCUUGGGGCCGGGGUGCCGGGCAGGGGCUGGCGCGGGAGGCGUCGGGGGCACGCGGGCAGGGUUGGCUGCAGCCGGCGGGCCACGACACGGGCGUCAAGGUGUACAACAGCCUCACCCGGAGGAAAGACCCCUUGAUCGUGAGCAGCGCGGACGCCGCCUCCUGGUACAGCUGUGGGCCGACUGUCUACGAUCACGCACACCUGGGCCAUGCUUGCUCGUACGUCAGGUUUGAUAUCCUCCGAAGGAUCCUCUGCAGGGUUUUUGGUUGCAACAUCGUCAUGGUGAUGGGAAUCACGGAUGUGGACGAUAAAAUAAUCCGCAGGGCCGCCGAGCCAGAAAACGGGAUGAACGUGUCGCCCACUUCUCUCGCCAGUCUGUAUGAAGAGGAUUUUAAACAAGACAUGGCAGCCUUGAAGGUCCUCCCGCCGACGGUGUACUUGAGGGUGACUGAAAAUAUUCCUCAGAUCAUUUCUUUCAUCGAAGGAAUCAUUGCUAAUGGGCACGCUUACCCCACAGCACAAGGCAAUGUCUACUUCGACCUGCAGUCGAGAGGAGACAGGUACGGCAAGCUGGUCGGUGUGGUCCCUGGUCCCGUCGGAGAGCCUGCUGCGCCAGACAAGCGGCACGCCAGCGACUUUGCCCUGUGGAAGGCGGCCAGACCGCAGGAGGUGUUUUGGGCGUCUCCCUGGGGAAACGGAAGACCUGGCUGGCACGUGGAAUGUUCCACCCUCUCAAGUCUGGUGUUUGGAAGCCAGCUGGACAUCCACUCGGGCGGGGUCGAUCUGGCUUUUCCGCAUCACGAGAACGAAAUCGCCCAGUGCGAGGCCUUCCAUCGGUGCCGGCAGUGGGGAAACUAUUUUCUGCAUUCUGGGCAUUUGCACGUGAAAGGCAAAGAAGAAAAAAUGUCCAAAUCGCUGAAAAACUACAUCACUAUUAAGGACUUUCUAAAGACGUUUUCCCCUGAUGUCUUCCGCCUCUUCUGCAUGCGGAGCAGCUACAGGUCAGCUAUUGACUACAGCGACGGCACCAUGCUCGAGGCCAAGCACCUCCUCUUGGGGGCGGCCGCGUUCGUGGGGGACGCCCAGGCCUACAUGAAGGGACAGCUGGUGUGUGGCCCCGUCAGGGACGAUGUGCUGUGGGAGAGGCUCCGCCACACCAAGGAGGCCGUGAAGGCUGCCCUGGCGGAUGACUUUGACACGCCCGCGGCCGUGGACGCCGUCAUGGAGCUCGUGCACCACGGGAACAGACAGCUGAAGGCGCACGCUCAGGAACCCAGCGGUCCCCGGAGUCCUGCCGUGUUCGGCUCCAUCGUGUCCUAUGUCGAGCAGUUCUUCGAGACCGUCGGGAUUUCUCUGGCGGACAGACAGUCUGUUGCAGGGGACAGCAGCCGGGCCACUCUGCACAGCGUGGUGGACGAGCUGGUCCGCUUCCGGCUGCGGGUGCGGCAGUUUGCCCUGGCCACAGGAGCGGCCACCCGGGAGGCCCGACAGCAGCAACUGCUGGACAGGCAGCCCCUGCUGGAGGCGUGUGACACCCUGCGCCGGGACCUUGUCGCCCACGGCAUCAGCAUUAAGGACCGGAGCAGCACGUCCACAUGGGAGCUGCUGGACCAGAGGAUGGAAGACCGCAGACCGGGGAGCUGACGGCCCCCGACACCGUCCUGUGCUUACGCAGAGGCCUCCUGUCGUGCCUGUCCAGUCAGCAUUAAAGUCAGUCCAACCGAU